AUGAAAACGUGGCAAACCUUUUGCGGAGUUGCCCCAGAAGUGGCAAUAGCUUCGAAUACUACUUUGGGACUUUCUCCGCCAUUACUGACUACUGGCCUUCUUUUGGCCAGUUGUGUAGUGUAUGCUACUGAAAAUGAUUUGGACUCCCGAUCUUAUCGCAUCCCAAUCGGUAUUCAAUGGCUCUGGACACUUAUUCUCUUUAUCGGUCUUCUCUUUCUCCCGGAGUCACCCCGUUACUUUGUCAAAAAAGGCAAUAUCAAGAAAGCCCAAGCAACCCUCGCCCGUGUCCGUGGUCAGCUAGAAGAUUCGAAAUAUAUCCGGCAGGAGCUUGCAGAGAUUGUCGCCAACCAUGAAUAUGAACUUCAUAUCAUUGGUACCGUUGAUAGCGGAAACUUGAAUGUGGUUAAAGCCCAGAUCUCAUCCAUCUGUAUCUACAUCGCCUUCUUCGCGAGCACCUGGGGCCCAGAAGCCUGGGUCGUGACCGGCGAGAUGUUCCCUUUGCCAAUUAGAGGGACUUCUUCCCCUGUUUUGAACCUUCUAACCAGCAACAUCUAA